CUCGCGGUGUUUCCGUUUGAAAUGACGGGCGGGCACCCGCCAUGGCAGCGUCCUGCCAGCCGUCCGGAACCCGGCUCUUUCGAACGUACGCGGCGAGGGGCGUCCGGGGGUCGCAGCGGCAGCCUGGCCGGCCGGCUGUGCAAUGGUUCCAGCCGCCGAACCCGAAGCGCGCCUUCAGCAGCAGCCUCAGCGACAGUAACCAGUCGCCGGCUGUCGCUUCCGACGACCCGGAGGACCCCGACUUCCCGGGCAGCCCCGUGGGUCCGCGGCGCAGGCGUUCUCGGGGCCGCUGCUCCCCCGACCAGCGGACCUUGACAGUCACUCCGAGAGUCGGGAGGCUGCGACCUCGGCCCGCGCAGAAGUGCAGCACCCCGUACAGCGGGCUGCGACCGCCACCUCUCCCCAGCUGCAACCUGGGCUGCCUCGGCUCGGACCUCAGCGUGUGCAUCCAGCCCAGGGACAGCAGCGAGCUGGGCACCAGUGCCUCCCUUUUCAGCUCUCCGGCCUCGCCCGGAGCCCCCGACCCUCUGGAUGCAGACUCUCCGGUCCCCGGGGGCGUCCACUUCCCGGCAGCCUCCCCGGGUGAAGCGUCUCUGCCCCGCCCCCGGGAGGCAGCAACCGGUGAAGGCCGGCACGCCAGGAGGGCCCUCCUAGCCGAAGCCGGCUUCAAGUCAUCUCUUGUGAACUCGGGGACCACAGAAGACCACGAGCUUGGGACAGAUGGGGAGAAUAUGAAGGAAUCGUGUUGUGAAAGACAGCAGAUGGGAAACAGACUAACGGACCCUGAUCUGGCAAGCCUGGGAAAGAGAACGGCCGCGUGUAAAAAGGUUGCGUCCCAAGGAGUCGACCGGAUAGACUAUGGGGAGUCCAGUGCUUGCAGAGAACUUCGUGUUCCAGGGGAAAUCAGCAGGCCUAAGAGAACUAGGCCACUCCGGAAGAGAAAACAGCAAGAAGCAGCGGGAACCUCUCCCCUCCGCUAUCACCAAUCUAAGAAGAAAAGAAAAGAUUCGGUCUACUCCUGGGACUUGAAUACUAGCCAAAAGGAUUCUUGGACCAAAACCAGAGCCUCCUUCGGUUUCCACAAGAAGAAAAUUAUAACCAGUGUGUCGGAGGUAUGCGGCAGUUCGAUUUCCAGUUCUCCCUCUAGGUCCCUCCUGUCUGAAUGUUCGACCUCUUCUAUCAGGAACAGAACAAACAGUACUAUUUCUACUCGAUGCUCUUCUAUGUAUUUGCUAAAUCCCUUAAAGACCCUGCAUGUCACAGACAAAAGGUCAUCUUAUGCUGAAAAGGUGUAUGAUGAGUGUAAUCAGGAAGGGCCUAUCCCCUUUAGUGAGUGUCUGUCCGCAGAAAAACUGGAACACUGUGAGAAGAUUGGGGAAGGAGUGUUUGGGGAAGUGUUUCAAAUAAUUAACGACCGAACACCUGUAGCCCUAAAAAUCAUUGCUGUUGAAGGAUCAGAUUUAGUCAAUGGGUCCCACCAAAAAACCUUUGAGGAGAUCCUGCCAGAGAUCAUCAUCUCCAAAGAGCUGAGUCUCUUGUCCAGUGAAGUGUACAACUGCACAGAAGGCUUUAUUGGGCUGAACUCAGUACACUGUGUUCAAGGGCUUUACCCCCUCCUGCUGCUUAAAGCCUGGGAUCACUAUAACACAACCAAAGGAUCUGCAAAUGACCGGCCUGACUUUUUCCAGGAAGACCAGCUCUUUAUUAUCCUGGAAUUUGAGUUUGGUGGGGUUGACUUGGAGGGAAUGAGAACCAAGCUGUCCUCUGUGGCUGCUGCGAAGAGUAUUCUCCACCAGAUCACCGCAUCCCUGGCUGUGGCAGAGGCGUCUCUGCACUUUGAGCACCGGGACCUUCACUGGGGAAAUGUGCUCCUAAAGAAGACCAACCUCAAAGAACUCCGCUACACCCUCAAUGGGAAAACCAGCACCAUCCCCACCCAUGGGCUGCAAGUCAACAUCAUCGACUACACCCUGUCCCGCCUGGAGCGGGAUGGGAUCGUGGUUUUCUGUGAUAUCUCCACUGAGGAGGACCUAUUUACAGGUGAGGGCGACUACCAGUUUGAGAUCUACAGGCUCAUGAGGAAGGAGAACAAAAACUGCUGGGGUGAGUAUCACCCUUACAACAAUGUGCUGUGGCUGCAUUACCUCGCAGACAAGAUUCUGAAUAAGAUGAGAUUUAAGAGUAAAUGUCAGAGCGCAGCCAUGAAGCAAAUAAAGAGAAAACUGCAACAUUUCCACAGGACCGUCCUGAGCUUCAGCUCCGCCACAGACCUGCUGUGCCAACACAGUCUGUUUAAGUAAGCACUUUCAAAGUCGCAUUAAGUACACUUUUUAAGCCUCUGGUACUCUUAGUUAAUCGCUGCCACUAGAGCCGGAUGGAGGUGAAAGCCUUCAUCCCUGUCAGCUUCUUAAAAGAGAAGUUGGUUUUUUUUUUUUUUAAGGUAACCAAAAUGUUUGUUGACAUGAUUAAACUCGCUUUUAACAAAUGUUCUUUAAAAAAAAAAUAAUAAUAAACUAGGCAGAGGACAAGUAUAUGCACCUUUAAGUCCUCUUCCCGUCAGCAGAGUCUACAAGUCUGAUGUUGCUGUGUUUUGAGCCUUGACACCUUAUGAGGGGUGAGCAAAGCCAAGCCCUCAGCUGUGGUCCGUACUGCUCUUGAUGUGUUGGCAAGAUGCAGAGCAGAGAGCAAGAGACUAGAGAGUCAAAACCAAGAGGGGGCAGUGUACACCUGCAUAGGGAACGUGUGGGAAAUGUUUAUCAAAUUCACUGGCCAACACAGAAGCAGAAUUUAAAGAUUUUCAACAGGAAAAUAAAUGUCUCUUGUGGCUCUGA